AUGGUCUUCAAACGCGUUGCGACUUCCGCUCAAGUGUCCGCCAAAGUUCUCGGCGAGACCUUGCAAUUUCGAAAUGGCAAAAAGGCGCAAAAUCGAUUUCUAAAGGCAGCUUUAACCGAACGUCUGUCCACAUUCACUCCCGAAAAUUUGCCGCAAUCCGGAAUUCCGACGCAUAAAAUUCACAAUUUGUACGAGAAAUGGGGAAAUGGGCAAUUUGGGAUGAUUUUGACCGGAAAUGUGAUGGUCGAUCCUGUUCACUUGGAGGCGGCUGGAAAUGCGACGAUUUUCAAAAAAGGCGACAAUAAGGAGAGAAGAGAGGCUUUCCAAAAAUGGGCAAAAUCUAUAAAGGCUGAUGGAGCGCUGGCGUUGGCUCAACUUGGGCAUGCCGGCCGUCAAACCCCGUAUGUUGUAUAUCAAACGCCGUUUUCCGCUUCGGACGUUCACCUCACGAACAGCCUCAUUUUGGGAGGGCAUGGCAAACCGAUUCCAUUGACAACCGAGCAAGUCAAAACGGAAGUCAUCGAUCGAUUUGUGUUCGCCGCGAAAUUCUGUUAUGAGUCGGGAUUCGAUGGAAUUCAAUUGCACGCUGCUCAUGGAUACCUUCUGGCUCAAUUCACGUCACCGACAACCAACAAGAGAACCGAUCAGUAUGGAGGAUCAUUGGAGAAUCGCAUUCGAGUCAUUCUUGAGAUUCAUGAAGCGAUUCGAAAGGAGAUUCCCGCUUCGACUGGAUUCCUUGUUGGGAUCAAAAUGAAUUCGGUCGAGUUUCAAGAUAAGGGAACUACCGUCGAUGAUGCUGCUGAAAUAGCAAAGAAGCUUGAGGAAGUUGGAUUUGAUUUCGUUGAGCUUUCCGGCGGCACCUAUGAGAAGCUGGCGUUCCAUCAUCUGCGCGAUUCAACAAGGAAGAGAGAAGCGUUCUUCCUGGAAUUUGCUCAGAAGAUUCGGCCAUCAUUCACGAAGACCGUAGUGUAUUUAACUGGAGGAUUCCGAACAGUUCAGGGUAUGGUAGAAGCGAUUGAAGAGAACGCGACGCAAGGAAUCGGAUUGGGACGACCGAUUACAGCCGAGCCAGAUUUGCCGAAGAAGAUUCUUUCGGGCCAGGUGCUCUCCGCCAGCGAGCCUCAAUUCAAACAGGAUGAUUUUGGUGCAACUCUGCAGGCCAGUGUGCUCCAAAUGUGGCAGCUCGGCUCAACUAGUCUGAAGGAGGCCAACAAUGAUGUGCAAUUCGGCGUGACCGAUUUCAGCGAUCCGUCGCUCACCGACGACUUCUACAAAUCAUUGGAGGAGCUUUACGCGGAGCUGAAAGAGAUCGCGAAGACGGGCAAGCCGGCGAACAUUGCAAUUAAAUUUCCGAGAAAGUUAUUAAUCGAAAUAAACGCGUUUUGA